AUGAUAAAAAUAAUAUUAUUAAUUUUAUUAAUAACAAUAAUAAAAUUAAUUAAUUGUAUAGAAGUUGAAGGAAAUUCAAAUGAUAAACAACUAUUAUUAUUAGAUAAUAAAUACCGAGAGAAGGAACCAAUUGGAUUAGAGAAUAUAUUAUUUGCAAAUAAUGAAGAUGUAAUUAAUAGAGGAUUGGGUAAAUUAAAAGAUCAGGGUAUUAUUUGCAAGGGUGGUAAUAAAGUUGAAUUAGAUAUCGUUUGGGAAUCACAAUUAGCAAGUACGAUUUCAAAUACACCUUUAAUAGUUGAUUUAUUCGGUACAGGUGAUAAACAAAUUAUUUACACCAAUUCUCAUACGUACAUCGACGUUAUCAAUGGUAUCGAUGGUGAUAGAUUAAUUAAUGGUGGUGGUGGAUGGCCAUACAUUUUACCAUACUCAUCAUUUUCAACAAGUCCAUUAGUUUAUGAUAUUGAUGGUAAUGGUGAUUUAGAUAUAAUGGUGGCAACAACAGAUGCAGAGAUAUUAUUCAUAGAUUCGAAGAAAGCAGUAGCGAUUAAAGAGAAAACUCUUAAAGUACCACCAUUAAAAGUUAAAAAGUUGUGGUAUGAUGGAUUAGAUGAUAAACAUGUUGAUGCAUCAUUUUCACUCUACAAUAAAGAUAAUCAAAAAUAUCAAAUUCAAAAACAAAUUAAAGAUAAUCAAGAAUUUGAAGAAAUUCAAAAAAAAGAAUAUCAAAUUAAUGGUGGUAAUGAUAAUAGUAAAUUUCAAAUUUUAAAACAAAUUAGUUUAGAUAUUGAAAAUGAUCCACUUUAUUCGGUAUUAUAUGAUAAAUAUUUACAAGAUAAUAAGUGGUUUUCAAGAAAGACAAGUGAAUAUAUUUGGGUUGAUAGUCAUAUUCUAUCUACACCAGUGAUUGCAGAUAUUGAUGGUGAUGGUAUUAAUGAAUUGGUGGUGUCAGUAUCUUAUUAUUAUGACCCUGAGAAAUAUGAGAAUCCACAUUAUAAGAGUCAAUUAGAUGAUGGUGUACAAGUUGAAAAUUAUGUGGCAGGUGGUAUAUCAGUAUUUAAUUUAGCAACUGGUGAAAUUAAAUGGCAAACUCAUUUAGAUUUAACCACUGAUAAAACUGAUUUCAAAGGAUUAGUAUAUGGUUCACCAACAGUUGUAGAUUUAAAUAAUGAUGGUAAAUUAGAGAUUAUCAUUGGUACUGCAUUGGGAUUCCUCUACGUUUUAGAUUACCAAGGUGUACCAUUAACUGGAAAUUAUCCAUUAGUAUUGGAAUCAAUAUUCACUCAAAUCGUAACUGAAGAUUUAGAUUCUGAUGGUAGAUUAGAGUUAAUAGUAAUCGAUACUAAAGGAAAUGUAGUUUGUUUCAAUUCAGACGGUGAUGAAAUUUGGAGUCAACAAGUCACCGGUAAAACCGAAUUCCCACCUUCAAUUGGUGAUUUAGAUGGUGAUGGUAUAUUGGAUGUAGUUAUGUCAACCUUUACAACUGGUAUUUUCGCAUGGAAUGGUAAAACUGGUAAACCUUUACAAGGUUAUCCAUUAAAAUUCGAACCUUCAAUCAUCUCACCUUUACUAUUAUUAGAAACCAAUGAUAAUAAUGGUGGUUUAACAAUAUUCGUUCAUGCAAAUGAUGGCAUAUUAUAUUCAAUCAAUGAUAAUGGUAAAUGUAUUGGUAGGUUGGAUAUUGGUGAUUUUUCAAUUACUAAAAUCUUAACAAAUGAUUUAACAGCAGAUGGUAAUUUAAAUUUACUUUUAUCAACGUUUGAUCAAAAAGUUUAUUGUUUAUCAAUAACCAGUGGUGGUGGUAAUGUUAAAUUUAAUCCAUUAAAAGUUGAAAAUUCUUAUAACAUAAAUGGUAAUAAAUUUUCAAGUUAUUCAAAAUCAACACCAAUGGGAGUAUUAAUUACUCAACCAACAACAACAACAACCAGUGGUAGUGGUGGUAUUGAUUUACAUUAUAAUUUUCAAUAUUCAAGAAAUAGUAUUGAUAUUUCUGGAUCAGAUUUUAAUUUAGAAAUUUUAAUAUUAGAUCAAAAGAAUAUAAGUUUAUCAACAAUUGAAAUUAAAAAAAAGUAUACAAUUUCAGUUUAUUUUGGUGAAAUUAGAUUAAAGAAAGAGAUUUAUUAUUCAACAGGUUUAAAACAAUUAUUAAUUACAAUACCACCAUCAGUUAGUAGAAGUGAUGUUAAAUUGUUAAUUGUAAAACUAGAGAAUAUCAAUUCACAAAUUUAUCAAGAUUCAAUUCCAAUAUCUUUUAAUUUUUAUUUUUAUAGAUUUUUAAAAUUCCUUAUAAUUUUACCAAUUUUAAUAUCAACAAUUUUAUUAUUAAUUUAUCAAUCAAAUAAUUCAAAAUCAAAAAAUAUUAAAAAAAAUAGUUUAUUAUAA